AUGGCUCUACCAAAUGGGCAGAGUGACAGCGUAGUCAAGAGUGGAAAAGAAGAUCCACCGUCCAUGUGUGAAGGGGUCACAAAAAUCCCAGAGAUGAUUCAUCGCAUUAACUUGUUAACUCAACUGCUGCCACCAAUGUCUUCCCUAGCUAAACUCAGAAGCAAGCAUCAAGCAAGCAGCAGCAGCAUAGUGCGGCCAGACUCUAGAAAGAGAAAAGAGAAACAUACCAUCCUUCUAGAAAACCGACUUCUUGUUUGGGAGGAGGAGGUUGUUGUUGAGCAUACUGUGGAGCAUAGCCUUGUUGGGGGUACCCCUGUGGAGGGUAACCUUGUGCAGGGUACCCUGGAGGAGGAUAAGGGUCCUUUACUGGAUACCCUGUUCAGUUUUAUUAUUCACAACAGAAACAACCAUUUAAUUUAA